AUGGAUUUACCUGGACCAAUACAUGAGAUUCUUAUGCUAUUUGGGGGAUUUGUUCUUCUACUAGGGGGUCUAGGAGUAGUAUUACUUACCAACCCCAUUUAUUCUGCCUUUUCGCUGGGAUUAGUUCUUGUUUGUAUAUCCUUAUUCUAUUUUUUAUUAAAUUCCUACUUUGUAGCUGUCGCACAACUUCUUAUUUAUGUGGGAGCCAUAAAUGUCUUGAUCAUAUUCGCUGUAAUGUUCGUAAAUGGCUCAGAAUGGUCUAAAGAUAAGAAUUAUUGGACUAUUGGAGAUGGGUUCACUUCACUCGUUUGUAUAACUAUUGUUUUUUCACUAAUGACUACUAUCCCAGAUACGUCGUGGUAUGGAAUUCUUUGGACUACAAGAUCAAACCAAAUAGUAGAACAGGGUCUCAUAAAUAAUGUUCAACAAAUUGGAAUUCAUUUAGCAACCGAUUUUUAUCUUCCGUUUGAACUCAUUUCCAUAAUUCUUCUAGUUUCUUUAAUAGGUGCAAUUACUAUGGCUCGGCAAUAA